AUGCAAAUCCGCUCCCUGCCCCCACGCCCCUCCCCCCGAGAGGCGGGCGGCGGGCGGGGAGGAGAAGAGCGGGGGAGGGGACGGGGCCGGGGAGGGGGCGGUGAGGUGCGCGGAAGAGGGGCGAGACGGGCCCCCGGCGCCUCCGGUCGGUCAGAGAGCGACGGGGCGCGUCUGCAGCCCGCCAAGCGGCCUCCUGCGCGCCGGGGCCCCGCGCCCGCUGCUGCUGCUGCUGCUGCCCGCCGCCUGCGUGCGCUCCAGCAGCGCCGGCAUCCUCGGGGCACCGCGCCCAGCCCGCUCCCUGGGGCGCCCGCUCGCGCCGCGCCUGGGCCUCGCGCCGCCUUCAGUAGCCCCGCCAGCCGGUCGCGGGGUGCCCGGUGCCCGCCGGCCGCAUUCCGACACAGAGGGCCGGCCUGGCCGCCGCGAUCUUCGGCGGCUGCUCAGCGAGCCCGGGCGGUGAGGUGCACCUGUUCUUCAGCCGGCCCGCAGCCAACCCUCGGCCAGCACUCUUCCGGAGAGACCAAUCCCAGCGCAGCGCGGAGGGCUAGCGGCUCGGCUCGCCUCGCUCCAGCCGUUCGCUGCUGCGCGCCGCUGCCGCCGCUGCCGCCGCCGCCAGAGAGUCAAACUCCAGCGAACCGCGCCGCUGUCGCCGCCGCGAGCCAGGGGCUGGGGACGCACCGGGCGCCCGCGGCGGGUGCGGUCUGACCCGCCUCCGAGGGACCCAACAAGCAGGCAGAGGAUCGGAAAUCACGCCCCGGAGCCCUGCCCGGUUGAGCGUGGGGGACGAAAGCGGGAGACUGCGUCGGGGGUCCCGGGGGACGCAGACCCCGGGCCGAGGGCGUCUCCAGGAGGGCUCUGGCUGCCAAGCGGGUGGAGAGCCAAACGUUACACUGAAGAGACUGCAGAGAGCAGAGGAUGCAUUGAAACAGGAAGCCCCUGGGGUUUGGUGCCUACCAGAGUACUUUGCACAGACACGGUUAAUAAAUUAUUUUUGAUGGCAGUAAUGCAGC